CACACACACACACACACACACAUACACACACACACACACACAUACAUGCAGAGACGCGUGCUUUCUAAAUCUUGUUUGGUCUUAUGAAGUGUGUAAGAGGUGAGAGGCGAUACUGAUUUGUACAAUCAUCUCUUCCAGAAGGAGUCAGAGCCGAACAAGAGCCAUGUGGGUUGCCCUCGCCUUGCUGCUAGCCCUCUCCACUGGCGCUCUGUCUCAAGACAAACUCAACAUGUGUAUGGAUGGCAAACACCACAAAGUGAUGCCUGGCCCUGAGGGGCAACUUUACUCUCAGUGUGCUCCGUGGCGUGACAAUGCAUGUUGCACGGCCAACACCAGCGCAGAAGCCCACGAAGAUAACUCCUACCUGUACAAUUUUAAUUGGAAUCACUGUGGCGCCAUGAGCCCCGAGUGCAAGAAACAUUUCAUCCAGGACACUUGCUUCUACGAGUGCUCGCCACACUUGGGACCCUGGAUACAAGCAGUGGAUCAGAGCUGGCGUAAGGAGCGCAUCUUGGAUGUACCUGUUUGUGUAGAAGACUGCCAUGACUGGUGGGAAGACUGCAAGAAUGAUUACACCUGCAUGACUAACUGGCACAAAGGAUGGGACUGGAGCUCAGGUACCAACAAAUGCCCUGCAGGCAGUAAGUGCAGAAAAUGGACUGAAGUUUACCCCACACCCAAGUCCAUGUGUGAACAAAUCUGGUCUAAUUCCUACAUUUACACCACCUACUCCAAAACCUCAGGCCGCUGUAUGCAGCUCUGGUUCAGCGGGACUAACCCCAACAAGAAGGUAGCCGAGUACUACCUUAACAGCGCACAGCAACACCACAGCUUUGGACUGACCACACUACAUUUCCUGGCUUUUGCAUCGUUCUCUGUAAUAAUGUACUAAAAUGAUGUCACCUUGGAGAUACCAAAUGCCUCUGUUUGCUUUUUUUGUCCUCUUUUGAGUCAAUGAGUCUCUCUGGCUUGCAUUAGUUUAGUCCUUCUCCUAUUCUUUUUUCAUGUGCCUGUGCCCAUAAUGCUGUGAUUAUUCUCUACACAGACCCUGGAAAUUGUCUGCAUGGUGUGAAUAAAUGGAACCAAAUUCAACCUGCUCAACUGUCAACGCUUCUUUUUGA